CUCGGUCUCUGAAUCUCAGAUGGAAAAAAGCCUCUCCCGGAGCCGCUGCUGCACACCGGCUGUUCCUCCUCUCGCCAGGCCGCUGUAGGACACCGAAGGGCGGGGAAGGAGCGUCGCGGGGUGCCGGUGUUGGAGCGGAUCUCUGGAGCUCUGGCAGCGUCUCCUCCCUCAUGCUGCAUGCUGCGGAGCCACAGAUAGAUGAAAUAUACACCGUCUGCUUUGCUUGAUGCUUUAAUACAGCACUGAGAGAAGCUGCAGAGGAACAUUUGUUUCAGUUUGAGCUGCAGAGAGAGGAAGGAUGAGCCACAGAAGAGGAAGAGGAGGAUUUCUCACCAUGUUUCUUUUCUUGUGUCUGAUAUGGACACAGCUGCUGAUCACAGAGUCGUCUUCUGGUGACCACGAGCUUCGUCUCUUCCCGUCUCGCCGCUCCAGCCGUCUCCCUCCACCUCUGCACCCCCAACACGACUUGAACCCACAGCCUGAUGUGGACGACCCUCCAGAGUCCCACCCCCACCACCUCCACCAUCAUCAUCAUCAUCAUCUUCACCACCGUCAGCACCCUGCCAGGUUGGCCAAAGUGAUGCCUGCCGCCCUCUUGGACUCUCGCUUUCGUCAGGAGCCCAGCGGCCAGCAAACCCUCAACCUGCUGGCGCGGCCGCAUCACCAGGUGCAGCCGGAGCACGCUGUGGUGUCUGCACGCCACCUAGUCACCGUGGUUUUGUACCGACUUAAAGAGAAGGUUCAGGUUUCUGACAGACAGGUGAAAGCUCCGCCCCCUGACCUCCGCCUGACCCCGACUGUCUCUCCAGACUCCGCCCAGAGGUCAAAGGGCACCAAGGUUGUGACGUCAGGAAGCAUGGUCCAAGCUGAGCUCCCUCCAGCUGUAGCCACGCCCAUUCCUCAGCAGCAGCCAAUCGUAGCCUGCCGCCGCCUCGCUCCUCCCGUCGUCCCUCUGCCCAGCCCCGCCCACGUAUUCAGCAGCAGUGACCACGCCCCCCAGGCCGUCGUUGCCCCGGUGACAGCCAGUAACGAGCUAAAGCCCUGCCCCUCCCCCUUCAGGAUGAAACCUGCUGCAGGACUACAAGAAAGACGGGGCUCCAACGUCUCUCUCGUGUUGGACAUGUCGGCUCUCGGCUCUGUGGAGCCCCUGAACGUUGCAGUGGUGACCCCCAGAGAGGCAGCGGCCAGGGAGUAUCUGUUGUCGGCCGGCCGCCCGCUGACACGGCAGCAGCUCCGCGACAUCGUCAACAACACGCACAAGCUGCACGCCGAGUUCGCUACCCUCACUCCAGAGUGAUCCUGAAGUCGAAGAACUGCAACGACCUGCUGAGCUCCUACAUCAAUGCUAACUACAUACGGGGUUACCUAGGCGAUGAGAAAGCGUUCAUCGCCACUCAGGGUCCCAUGGUGAACACGGUGAAUGACUUCUGGCAGAUGGCCUGGCAGGAAGAGUCGCCCGUCAUCGUCAUGAUCACCAAACUGAAGGAGAAGAACGAGAAGUGUGUUCUGUAUUGGCCGGAGAAACGGGGAAUCUAUGGGAAGGUCGAAGUGUUGGUGAACAGCAUCAGAGAGUGUGAACACUACACGACCCGCAGCCUCACUCUCAAGUGUGGGAAUCAAACCCGUGUGCUGCAGCAUUACUGGUACACAUCGUGGCCCGACCACAAAACCCCCGACUCAACGAUGCCGCUGCUGCAGCUGAUGGCCGACGUCGAGGCGGACAGACGGACGGCUGCAACCACGGGGCCGGUUAUCGUCCACUGCAGUGCCGGGAUUGGACGGACAGGCUGCUUCAUUGCCACGACGAUAGGCUGUCGACAGCUACAGCUGGAGGGAGUGGUGGAUGUCCUGAGCAUCACUUGCCAGCUCCGAGCCGACAGGGGAGGUAUGAUCCAGACAGGUGAGCAGUAUGAGUUCGUCCAUCACGCCUUGAGUCUGUAUGAGGCCCGCCUAUCUGCAGAAACCGGCCAAUGAGCGCACAUCGCUGCAGGAGGUUGUGGACUUAAACCUGGAGGCAUGCUAACAUAGCGAGUCUUUAGCAGGUAUGAUCUCUGAGAUUUGGCAGUUCUCUGAGAUUAGGGGACUCUGGAGGAGGUCUUUGAGUUUUGAUGGACAACCAAUGAGGACAGUUGUAGCUGGAGCCCGUUGAAGGAUAGAGGAAAAGGUAAAUUUCUGAAAAAGGAAUGUAUCCGUUCUUCUUUUUCUGCUGUUUUUCUUCUUGUGUUGUUGGCGAGUGAUCCUUCAGAAGAAGACACUUCACUUCUCUCGGAUCGUGUCGUUUUUAGCUAACCAGACUGUCCUCUUACCUCUUUUCUGUCAUGGAAACAUAGAAAUAGUUUGACUGAAAUUGAUGGUACGAUGUUCAAUAACACUGUUGUGUUUUCUGUGUCUUAUAAGAUUUUAAAAUUAUUUUGUAAUGUGGUGUUCUUAUCGGAAAGGCUAUUGGUAAAUGACUGUUAGCUCAUUGCACCUUUGGUUAAACUACUAUACCACUGCUGAACCAACCGUCCAGCUCCUUUUGUGACCUCCGCGCUCUGUACGUUACUCUGUGAUUAGUACAGAAAUAAAGCUUUAUCCAGGAGGUAUCUUUUAAAAGGUAUUUCCAUCAUCUCAAAGGUGUCUUAACUUCAUUUUAAACUCUUCAGAGAUACUAAAUGUCAUUAAACUUUCACGUCAAGUAACCUGAAAUGUUAGCUUGCUAACUAGGCAGCAGAAUCAUUUAGUAAAGACAUUUUGUGUUUUGUGCUAAUGCUACUUUUGCAAAUGUGCUUUUCUGUUUAACCAGACAGUUUUGAGUACGUGAGCUAAUACUCUGAUCAAGAGUAAUCAAAUACAACUUUUGUCCAGAGCAAAACCAAUUUUAUAAUCUUUAUUUCUGCUCAUUCUCGCCGGACGUACGUUUUGUCCACGGCUCGGUAACUUACGGAGUACUGAAGUCACAAAUGGGGCUACCUCCAGCCAUAGACCACCAAAAACCAAUGUAAUGAUUAAUUAGCUUCUGCUAAACUAGUAUCUUGUAGUACUAAUUCUAGCUUUAGUAGUUAAGUGUUAAUCCGUAUGCUUUAUUGUCAAUAAAUGGAUGCUAACCUACUGUAUAAGCUCCUGCUAUUACUAGUGCGCUGCGCUAAUGCAAUAUUUUGUUAAAUCAAUUAAACUGCCACUGCUAAACCAUACGUGUACAAUAAAAAUAAGUUAGAACAAUUAUUUUUUUAUACUAUUCAACAAGUACAGCUCCUGUUGACCGCAGUCUAAGAAUUAUGGGAGCUGUAGUUUUCGAAUGCUGACAAAAUAAUUGUUUUAUCUUUGUUAAAAUGAUUGUAGUAAUAGAGAUUAUCUUAAAAUGAACACUAUCAUGUUAAAACCUUUUUAGAAAGACCAAUUAAUAAAAUUUAUAAAAGACAAAGAAAUGGAGGCCAGCGCAACACAAGCUAGCUCAAAAAUAGCGUGGCUAAUCAUUUUCAGUCACAAUUUACAUAUUUGAUCCAUAUUUAAAGUUAAUACUGUUUUAAAUAUAUUGACAUUUUAAUUAAAGUUUAGUUUUUAGCACAGGACCACUUUGAAAACACAGUUUUUCCUGACACAACAAAUAAUCCAGAACAUUUUGUGCUGCUUGGUCUCAGAGUUUUCACUCUGUAUAGUUGCAUUGACAAUUCCCCUGUUUGUGUAAUAAUAUAUUGCUUUAUACCAAAAAUGUGAAAUAAUUUAAUGGUGCAGUCAUCUCAUCGGUGUGCUGUUGUAAAUCAUGUUAAUCUAGUGAGUACGUUAUUUUGGUGUAUCAAAGUAAUAAUAACUUUAUUUUUAUACUGUUUUUACAUGUUUUUGAGGUGUUUAGCAGCUAUCAGCCAUUUGUCGACUCGCACGGAAGUUAUUUGGGGUACAAACCUCAUCUCUAAAUCAUCAACGGAACAGGAAUCGAAAACUAACUUUCUUUUAAGUCAAAACCUAGAUGACUUAA